UAAAUUUCUUUUAUAGACCAUAAUUUAGACUUGUAUAUCCUUAGUGCCUUAAAUUAUUCAUAAAUAUAUUUUGAUUUGUUUUUUAGCAGCCUAAAAGGAGACUGUGCUACGAUGAGUUCUCUUUCACUGAAGGGUUUUCAACUGAGGACUAUUAGAAUAGAUUCAAGCUUCCGAUGAAGAUUAGAUAGAUGAAUGAAUUUGAAGCUACAUUCCAGCUAUCAGAUUCUGUGAUCCUAACAAAGAAAAUAUAUUUUUCUUUAUGAAAAAUGUUUGGUUUUAGUUUUGCAACUUGAAAAUAAUGAAUGAAAAUGAGAGACUCCUAUUGACAAAGGUCUUUCUUCCUUUUUCUUCUUUCCCAGGAGUGUUCUCUUAUUGAAGUAGAAUAUUACAGAUUUCCUGAAACAGUGGAAUGCAUGACUUUAAGUGGGCUCCCACAUGCUGAGUUAGUCCUGGCAAUGCGUGUGUCAACUUCAUCAUUUCUGUGUACAUCCUUGGAAAGAUUACUGCCAAAUUGCUGAUGUAUGGUCAAAAUGAGUGGAUUAGGGGAAAACUCCUUAGAUCCGCUGACUGCUGAUUCCAGAAAGCGUAAAUUGCCAUGUGAUACUCCAGUACAAGGUCUGACUGGCAGUGGUGAGAAAUGGCGACGGGAGCAAGAGAGUAAAUACCUUGAGGAAUUGGCUGAGUUGAUAUCUGCUAAUCUCAGUGACAUUGAUAGUUUCAAUGUCAAACCAGAUAAAUGUGCAAUAUUAAAGGAAACCGUGCGACAGAUUCGACAGAUAAAGGAACAAGGAAAGGCAACUUCCAUUGAUGAUGAUGUUCAGAAAGCUGAUGUAUCUUCUACAGGGCAGGGUGUUAUUGAUAAAGAUUCCUUAGGACCACUUUUAUUGCAGGCCUUGGAUGGUUUUCUCUUUGUGGUUAAUCGUGAUGGGACCAUUGUAUUUGUGUCAGAAAAUGUCACACAAUACCUGCAGUAUAAGCAAGAAGACUUGGUUAACACCAGCGUGUAUAGUAUCUUGCAUGAAGAUGACAGAAAGGAUUUUCUCAAGAAUUUGCCUAAGUCAGCAGUUAAUGGAGAUCCGUGGACAAGUGAAGCACCAAGACAAAAAAGUCACACAUUUAAUUGCCGUAUGUUAGUGAAAACAGUGCAUGAUAUUUUAGAUGAUGUGGGAAGUCCUGAUAUGCGCCAGAGAUACGAGACAAUGCAGUGUUUUGCCUUGUCUCAACCCCGGGCUAUGAUGGAAGAAGGAGAAGAUUUACAAUCUUGUAUGAUCUGCGUGGCACGCCGCAUUACUACAGUGUUCCCUUCAAACCCUGAAAGCUUUAUUACUAAACAUGAUCUUUCAGGCAAAGUUGUCACUAUAGAUACAAACUCACUGCGGUCUUCUAUGAGACCAGGCUUUGAAGAUAUAAUCAGAAGGUGUAUCCAGAGAUUUUUUAGUCUUAAUGAUGGACAGUCAUGGUCCCAAAAACGGCACUACCAGGAAGCCUAUAUUCAAGGACAUGCUGAAACUCCUGUGUAUCGGUUCUCCUUAGCUGAUGGAACUAUAGUGACUGCCCAAACAAAGAGCAAACUUUUUCGGAAUCCAGUAACUAAUGAUCGCCAUGGCUUUCUUUCUACCCACUUCCUACAGAGAGAACAAAAUGGAUAUAGACCAAAUCCCAACCCAGUGGGACAAAACAUACGAGCUCCCACAGUUGGCUGUUCCAGUUCUGUUGGAGGAAUGAAUAUGUCACCAAAUCAAAGCCUGCCAAUGCAGAAUAGGCCCUACUCCCUGGGAGAUCCCAAUGCAGUGGGACAGAUGAGUGGCAUUAGAUAUGGGGGCCCUAAUAACAUGAGCUCUAUAAAUCUUGGUCCAGGAAUGCAAUCCUCUCCCUAUCAGAACAACAAUUAUGGGCUAAAUAUGAAUAGCCCCCCACAUGGUAGCCCUGGCAUUGGCUCCAAUCAGCAGAACCUAAUGAUUUCUCCUCGUAACAGAGGUAGUCCAAAGAUGCCUUCACAUCAGUUUUCUCCUGUUCCAGGUAUGCAUUCUCCAAUGGGAUCUGCCAGCAAUACUGGGAGCAACAAUUUCUCCAGCAGCUCUCUCAGUGCCCUUCAAGCUAUCAGUGAGGGUGUGGGGACUUCUCUUUUGUCUACACUUUCUUCACCGGGCCCCAAGUUGGACAAUUCUCCAAACAUGAACAUGAACCAACAAAGUAAAAUUGGCAGCCAGGAUUCUAAGAGUCCCGCUGGCUUAUACUGUGAACAGAAUCAGGUGGAAAGUUCCAUCUGCCAAGCCAAUAGUAGGGACCACCCUAGUGAUAAAGAUAGUAAAGAAAUUGGUGUUGAAGGGCCAGAGAACCAGAGGGGACCACCUGAAAGCAAAGGCCAUAAGAAAUUACUUCAGUUACUGACAUGCUCUUCAGAAGAGCGAGGACAUUCCACUCUGACAAAUUCUCCAUUAGAUGCAGGCUGUAAAGACUCUGCUUCCAGUGUCACUAGCCCUUCUGGAGUUUCCUCAUCUACAUCAGGAGGAGUUUCUUCCACAUCAAAUAUGCAUGGCUCCCUGCUGCAAGAGAAGCAUAGGAUUUUGCACAAAUUGCUACAGAAUGGGAAUUCUCCUGCUGAAGUAGCCAAAAUUACAGCUGAAGCUACUGGGAAAGAUACAAGCAGUACAACUUCUGGUGAAGGACUAGUAAAGCAGGAGCAGCUCAGUCCCAAGAAGAAGGAAAACAAUGCACUUCUUCGAUAUCUGCUUGAUAGAGAUGAUCCCAAUGAUUCGCUUUCUAAAGACAUAAAACCCAAAGUGGAAGGUGGAGAUACGAAAAUGGGGCAGUGCAGCACCUCUUCUAUUCCAACUUCAAGCCAAGAAAAAGAGAUUAAAGUUAAGACUGAACAAAAUGAAGAGGUGAGUGGAGACUUGGAUAAUUUAGAUGCAAUUCUUGGUGAUCUGACAAGUUCUGACUUUUAUAACAAUGCAAUGUCUACAAAUGGUAAUAACUUGACAAGUAAGCAACAGAUGUUUCAAGGAAGUACCCCUCUAGGUUUGAGAAGCCCACAGUCUAUGCCAUCUGCUCGUCCUCCUUUUAAUCGAGCUGUUUCCUUGGAUAGUCCUAUUUCUGUUGGUUCAAGCCCUCCAGUGAGAAAUGUUAAUGCAUUUCCCAUGUUACCAAAGCAGCCUGUGGUAAGCGGAAAUACAAGGAUGAUGGAUACACAGGAGAAUUUUGGCUCUAACAUGGGUGGACCGAAUAGAAAUAUGACUAUGAACCAUCAUCCCUCAGGAGAGUGGGGUUUGCCAAAUUCUAAAGUUAGUAGAAUGGAACAAAAUACAAGUUCAUUAGUGAGGCCAGGAACUGACUAUAGUAAUUCCUUACCCAGACCUACAAUGGGUGGAACUUUGCCUGGCCUUCCUGUUAGGUCCAAUAGUAUACCUGGUACAAGGCCAAUGCUACAGCAGCAGAUGAUUCAUAUGAGGCCUAAUGAGAUUCCUAUGGGCAUGGGAGUAAAUGCCUAUGGCCAGACAGGAACCUCUAAUCAACCUGGAUCUUGGCCUGAUAAUAUGUUAUCCAUGGAUCAAGGCCCUCGUGGGACACAAAAUAGAGCCCUUGUUAGGAAUUCCCUAGAUGAUCUCUUAUGUCCUCCUUCUAACAUAGAAGGCCAGAGUGAUGAAAGAGCUCUUUUGGAUCAGUUACAUACUCUGCUUAGUAAUACAGAUGUCACAGGACUUGAAGAAAUUGAUAAAGCUUUAGGAAUCCCUGAUCUUGUAAAUCAAGGACAAGCUUUGGAAGCUAAACAGGAGUCUUUUCAAAGUCAAGAAUCUGCAGUAAUGAUUGACCAGAAGUCUGCUUUAUAUGGACAGUCCUAUCAAGCCCAGUCUGCAGUAAUACAAGGAGGUUUCAGUAAUCUUCAGGGACAACAGCAAUCAUUUAAUUCAGUGAUGAAUCAAAUGACCCAGCAGGGUAACUUUCCACUACAGGGAAUGCAUCCGAGAGCUAACAUGAUGAGACCCCGAACAAAUACACCCAAACAACUUAGAAUGCAACUCCAACAAAGACUCCAGGGCCAGCAGUUUUUGAACCAGAGCCGUCAGGCUCUUGAAAUGAAAAUGGAAACAGCAUCUGCUAGUGGGGCUGCAGUGAUGAGGCCUGUAAUGCAGCCUCAAGUAAACUCUCAGCAGCAGGGUUUUCUCAAUGCCCAGAUGGUGGCCCAACGCAGCAGAGAGCUAAUUAGUCAUCAUAUCAGACAGCACCGGAUGGCAAUGAUGAUGCAGCAGCAGCAGCAGCAGCAGCAACAGCAACAGACACAGACCUUCAGCCCUCCCCCUAAUGUGACUGCUUCAGCUAGCAUGGAUGGUGCUUUGGCUGGGACCUCAAUGCCACAAGCUCCUCCACAACAGUUUUCAUACCCACCAAAUUAUGGAAUAAGCCAACAAUCAGAUCCUGCUUUUAGCAGAGUAUCUAGUCCUCCCAGUGCAAUGAUGUCAUCAAGAAUUGGUGCCUCCCAGAACCCCAUGAUGCAGCAUCCUCAGACUGCACCAAUGUAUCAGUCUCCCGAAAUGAAGGGCUGGCCAUCAGGAACCUUGUCCAGGAACAGUUCAUUUCCACAGCAGCAGUUUCCCCCUCAGGGUAGCCCUGCUCCUUAUGGUAUGAUGCACAUGAAUGGUAACAGUGGCCACAUUGGACAAAUAAACAUGAAUUCUAUGCCCAUGUCUGGGAUGCCCAUGGGUCCGGAUCAGAAAUAUUGCUGACACCUGAAGUCCAGAACCUCCCACCGAAAAUCACUGUACAAAAGUCUCUGCACUAGUAUUUUAAGGAGAUAGAGUAAAGGGUUCCACAUUGUUUGUUAGUGGCAUCUCAUUUAUGGAAAGGACCUAUUUCUCCCAAAUCUUCAUUAAGGUAUCUCAAGUAACUUCAUUUGAACAGAACUGGGUCAUGAACUAAAACAUUGUCUACCUGUUUUUCUGUAUAUUGUGGUAUAUUAAGCAAUGGACAUAAAUAUUUUUGGCAUUCUGUCUCUAGAGAUGUGAAUCUGGCAAUGGCAUUUUAGUAAAUAUGGUAGACUCCCUGUGUGUUAUUAUUUCUUUCUGCCUUGCUAUCCAAAGUCCUUUAAAUUUAGGCAGGCCAAAGAAAGUGGAGAAGUUGUGGGAUAGAAAAGUCUGGUUUCUCUAGUAGCAAUGUCUGACACAGAAUGUAGUUCCCAGCCUUGAGGCUUUUUUUCAUUGGUGAACAGUCCUCUCAUAACUUCAUAUACCCAGUUAAUCAGAAUACUUGAGGUCACGUCAUUAACUUGAUAUGGGCUUUGGACUCCCAAAUUGAUGGUUACGCCCUCUCAUUCCUUUAGAAUUAUCACUAGCAUCUAAUAUUCCAGAUUAUGACUGAUGGUAAAUGGCUUUGCAGAAAGAAAAAUAGAAAUUACAGUAUUUAAUUGCAAUAGUGGCUAAUAUUUACAUGCUAAUGUGCAGCUGAGUGCACUUUAUAUAGAAAGUAAUGGAUUAAUGCAAUAUUUUUGAGGUCUUAUGGCGAGCUGUAUCAUGUUCUCAGUCCGAGCUAAUCCAUCGGGCAGGAACUGUAAACUCACUCGAAAAGGACUGGAUAAUGUCACACUUUGCCUAUAUGGUAGAGCAAUAAUCCUUUUUAAAAAUCAAUUUCAGAAAACCCAAGGCCGGGUACUGCAGUCUGAAUCAGAAAUUUGCAGUCUGUUUCUGUGAAUAGGUUUUUGUAAAUACAAUCGUUAAGAUAUUGUAUUAUGUGUACAUAUAUAUGAUUUUUUUGUAGGUCACAAGAACUCAUUUUUGCAGAGUUUGUGAAGCUAAAUAUUUAACAGUGUUGAUUUCUGUAAGCUGAGCAUAGUGAGGUUAAAAAAAAAAGAUGACAACAUUCUUAAUUUAAUGACCUGUGAGGGGGUGGGAUGGGGGAUGGUGGCAACUUUUAGCUUUCCCCUCCUACAGUCUUGGACACCUCACUAAUUUCCAUCUUUUUUUUAAAGCUAAGAAGAUGAUUCAUCUAGUGUUAGGCAGUCAUAAUUGCUUUCUCCACCUAAACUAAGCACUUUGUUAAAUUUUUUUUGGGUGGGGGGAGGGUAUUAUUUUAGUUUUUAAAAAUAUAGUGUGAUCCGACAAGAAAAAGAGCUCUGCCUUUUUCAGCUCUCCGUGAAUUGUAUGACAGCAAUUCAGGUUUUUUUUUUUUUUUUUUUUUUUAACUUAAACACAUUGCCUUUUCAGUCAGGGAGUAGAUGAAUGACAUAGGCUUUGUCAUUGCCUCAAACCCAUGUAAACAACAGCCUAUUCGUUACUAUGAGUUUGUUAAUUUUCUAUAUUGUCUUAGUUAGGAUUGUUCUUUUUCCUAUACCCCUGUGAACAAAACUGGCUUUUCUGGUCAGUUCUAACCUUUAAGUGAAUUACAACUUUGGUCUCUAAUGUCAACUCUGGAUUGUCCAUGCAUCAGAUAUGAUAAUUGCCUAGUGGGUCUUGUUUUUGAUACUAGCACCAAUUGGCAGUUAGUGGAAGGGAAGGGAAGGGAAGAUAUAACUUAAAACCAUUUUUUGCAGGUUACCUGUUAUUUUAGUCUUUAAUUUCAGACUUUAGUUUUGGCAUUAUCAGUGGGUUUAUAAUGAUAUUCUUGACAUUCUGGUAUGCCAUAUUUACAUGGUGGUUGUCAGUAAGUUAGUUUUCACCAAGUUCCCUGAAAAUAAGUCUUCAGCAGUUGUGAACAUGAAUUUCCAAAGCUGUUAUUGAAAUGGGGUUGGAAUGGGAACAAUUUGAAUGUUAAUAUAGGUCUAAUUAAGUCUAUGACUUAAAAUUAGUGAUAAACCACCAUCCUUUCUUUGAGUUAAUGUAUAUGGGAGUAAGAUGUCAAUUAUUUUAAUGGGUCUCUUUUUGUAUUCCCUUACCAGUUUCCCUCUUGCAAAUAAAAACCCAAUACCCCAUUUGCCAUAAAUUUGAUCCUUAUCAGAAGACAGUAGAUUUGUGAACUUUAAAGGAUUGCACUUUCAAGACUUGACUCAUUUGAAGAACUAUGCUCACAGUAGGGAAAGGAAAGUUUUUAUUACACCUGUUUUGUACUGGGCUCUGUGCCAAGUACUUUUACAAAAAUCAUCUUAGGUAGGUGUCAUUAUGAUCCCAAUUUUACAGAUGAGAAAACUAAGCAGAUAGAGGUUAAAUGCCUUGCCCAGGGUCACAGAGCUAGUCAGGAUGAAUUUGAACUCAGGUCUUCCUGAUUCCAGGCCCAGUGCUCUCCCCUCUAUGCUACCAGCUAGCUGCCUCUCUAGAGAAAUCAGUUCCUUCUUACCAUCCCUUAAGUCAUGGAUUCUCUUCUUGGGAUGUGUAAGUUUCCUUUAUUUGACUUAUCUUUGUCUUUUUACAAAGAGAAUGGUGCUCUUAUCUUUUUUGCUCUAAACACCGGCCCCCAUCCCUUUGAGAUCUCUUCAGAACUGAUUUCCAGGAUAGAUUUACAUAGUCAGGCACUAGAAGGAAGGCAGCUCUCUUCUCCCUAUUUUUUAUAUUUAGUCGAAAACCUGCCAGACUCUUUAAACAUUUUAUACUUGUUUAUUAUAUCAGUGAUACCUGCAAAUUUGAUGACUUUGUACAUCCUGCCCUUUUUACUUUUUUUUUUUUUUGAAAAAUUAUCUUACUAUUUUUCUGACCCUCUUCUACUUCCCUAUUUCCCUUUUCUAAAACAUCCUUUACCUGAAGGAUGUACAAGAAAUUCUACCUUCAUCUGAUUUUAGAAUGUUGGGUAUUACCAGUAUUUACUUUUUUGCUGAAUCCAAAGAUAUAUUUUUUUUAUAAAGCUCAAAAUGUGAUAUAAAAGAAAUAAAUGUUCCUUCCUUUUUAAAAAAAAGUAGAAAUUGCAUUGUUAAUGAUUUUCUCAUGACAGUGCCAUUUAUGAAUCAUUUGUCUGGACUGAAAGAAAAGUGUAGCAUACAAACAGCACUCUUUAGUACUUCGGUGUUUAAGAGUUAAAAGACAUUUGAGGUGGGAUUUCCUCCCCAAUUCUGUUCCACAGGAAAACACUUGUUAGGAAAAUCCUUUGAUUUGGAAAGUGAGGCCAUUUGAAUGCUAGCAGUGGCCACUUUAACCUGCUGCAGGGAAAUCACUUUUAAUAUUUGUCUGUCUGGUCUCCUUUUUACCACAGAAACUGCACAUAUGUGAGCUGGUUAAAGAAUUAAUAGCAUCCCAGAUAUUUGCUUUGAAUAGCAAGGGAAUGAUAGCUUUUUUUUUUCCUGCUAUAAGACAAACCUUUUGAAUGUUACAUUUUGUAAUGUGCAGGGGUUUUUUCUUUAAGGUUUUUGUUGUUGUUUUGAUUAAUAUGUGGAAUUUUAAAGAUGGUGGAAAUGAUACAGCAAUCAUAAAAUUGUAUGUAAUUCUGAGAGCAAUAUUUAAAAAUUCUCAGGAGAACGCUUACAGUAUUGAGAAUGAAUUAAAUUUAAAUGUAGUUUACAUUAAGUAUUGCUUGAAAUAUCUGUAUCUUUCUUUACACUGCAAAAAAUCCAAACCCCAUGGGAUGAUUUAUAAGAUGGCUGGGUUGUUAAGCUAUGACUGCUUUUCUGAUCGAUUGUUUUUGGAUGUUAAUGUCAAUGUAAAUAAAGGUUUCUAUUUAAAGCUGGA